CGGGAGCUGUCCGCGGUGCUGAAGCGGCGGCGGCGGCGGCGGCGGCAGCGGCAGGGACCCGGGGCCGGGAGCAGAGGCGCUCUCCUGGGAUCUCCACCGCGGCCACAAGGCGGGGGCGCCGUCGUUCACCGGCCCAUGCUGGGCCCCCGAGCCCCGCGGAGGAGGCGGGACCGUCCUCUGCGGGACAGGGCAGGUGUCUUCAGCACUGUGAACUCCGUGAAGACAGUGUGCAGCCUCCCCUCCCUCUCCCUGCUCCCUGCCUUUCUCACCGUUGUGUCCCCAACACCUGCACAGCGCCUGGCAGUGAGCUGACGCUCAGCUGUUAUGUGUUCCCGGGAGAGAGGAAGGAGCCAACUCUAUGAGCAGGCUCCCUGAGGACGGCUCUGCUGGCCCAGGCUCCCCUCCCCAGAGCUGCCCCCAGAACCAUGGAGAGUCUGAGUGAACUGCAGAACCCUCUGCUGCCUCGGAGCCCCGCCCCCCUGCACGGUCCCUACCCCUAUGCCGAGGCUUCGCGCAGCUGGUCAUGCCAAGACAAGCUCUACUCCUACCUCCUGGGUGGGGCUGGCUCUGCUCGCGCCCACCAGCUCCUGGACCCGGGGUCCCUGCAGCUGGCUGUGGAGGCCUGGUACCGGCCCAGCUGCCUCCUGGGGAGGGACAAAGUCAAGGAAGCCAGGGCAAGCAGCUGUGAGACCAGCUUCACGGAGAACAGGGAGCUCCAGGCUGGGCCCACGGAGCGGUCCACAGAACCUGGCCAAGAAGAAGAGGAUAUCAGCAUCCAGACUGUGUCCUACGGGGUUCAAGAGGAGCUGCAGGGCCAGGAGAACGACCAGGAGGAGGAGGAGAGUGAUGUGACCUCGACAGACAGUGAAAGUGAAGACAACUUCGUGGCACUGCCCCCCAGGGACCACCUGGGCCUUACUAUCUUCUCCAUGCUCUGCUGCUUCUGGCCCCUGGGCAUCGCUGCCUUCUACUUCUCCCAGGGGACCAGCAAGGCCAUCUCCAAGGGAGACUUCCGCCUGGCCAGCACCACCUCCCGCAGGGCCCUUUUCCUGGCCACACUCUCCAUCGCUGUGGGCGCUGGGCUCUAUGUGGCUGUGGUGGUGGCUCUGGCAGCUUACAUGUCCCAGAAUGGCCACGGCUAGUGGCCAGCACGGCCUGGCAGCCUGACUCCCCUGCCCCACCUGAGGAGUCUGUGGGGCUUGGGGUUGCAGACCUUCGGGAGACCCCGGGCCCCUGAAGACAUCCCGCCACCCCGGCUUGUUGGGGGGAGGCCUCCCGGGCCACAGCCUACAGGGCUCCCCCGUCACUUCUUCUCAUCCCCGGCCCCCGGUCCCAGAGCAGAGCCAGGGCCCCACCCUCUAGCCCAGACUAUGUGGGGAAGCAGGGGAGGGGAGGGCUGCCCACCAAGCCAUCCAGGCAGCACCUACCUCUGGCUUGAGGCUGGCUGGGAGCUCAGCCUCUUCUGCCCACCCCCGAGAGGGUCGCCUGCCUUGCCAGUGGCCCACUACCCAGCUCUGCCAGCCUCUCCACAGAGAAAAAGCGGGAGGUUACCAGAAGUGAAAAGGACACCUGGGGGCAGGGAUCUGACCCAGUGCUUUCCGCUCAUGGGAGUCUCCACCCUGGGGACAAUCUGAGCUUCCCCAACUCCACUCUCUGGCCCCAUGAGGCCAACACCCCAGCCAACCAGGAGGGAAAGACACAGAGACACAGGGGCCCCUAGCUCUUUCUGGCUCUCUCCCGUGGGUCUGUAAGACACCGUAGAUUCUAGAUAGAGAAGAAGCGUCUCAGGCAUGUAAAGCGCAGCCAAGACAAGUUCUUCGAGCUUCCUUGUGUAGGAACAAAAGGCAGAUGUGAUGACAGAGUCCUGAAACUUUGCCAGACCACAUGGGCCUCCCCACUCCACCCCUGGUCUCCACCCCCAUCACCCUUUUCUGGGCUCAUCCUGAGUGGCCCUGAGCUAACGCCAUCCCAGAGAGAGAGUGUCAUCAGCCCAGCAGCCACGAAGCAUAGGGCCCCGGGUCCGGCCCUGCGGGAAAGCAGUGAGGAGAGACCCUGAGACAUAGUGAGUAUAAAUGAGGGGAGGGGUACAGGGCUAGCACAGCUGCUGAGCAGCCGGCAGUACUCAGAAGGCUUCCUGGAAGAGGUGUCCCUUGAGCAAGGUCUAGAGGGACAAGGAAAAUUUAUCUAGGGGAUUCCUUUUCCCGUAACUCUUAGUAUUCAUGAACAGGGACAUGGCAGGAGUCUCCAAAGCUAUUUGAAUUUGGCCUCGAGCAUCUGGGCUAGAGCCAAACUACAGCCAUUUCUGAGGGCUCCUCCAACUCAGAGAAGAGGGUUGGGCAGCAUGUCUCUCAAAGACCUGUGAUGUUUUCCCACCUCUGAAUGCUGGGGGUCAGUGGUGGGCCUCUGGUCAGCCUCCUUCACUGAUGUCCCUACCCAGAGCUCCUCUCAACACUCCCAGCCACUAGGGAACAUCCAGAAUUUUAGAGGCAUCCACGCAGCCAGGAGGGCCGUACAUUGGGAAGGCAGGUCUAUCCAGGCUCGAGCAAAGGACCCCACUGUGCAAGAUCUGGGGACCUGGUCAUUCCCAGGCUGCAUCCAGAGCCCAGGGCUGUGGAACCCACCUUGUCCCACCAUCCUCCCACCCCCCUCCCCGAGCUGCCCCGCCCUCCACUCCCUACAUCCCCUGGAGUCCCACAGGCCCAGAAUCAGCAGUUUUAAUAUCCCAUUAUUGUAUAUAUUUAUCCUUGUAAUAAACA